UAUUGAGAAAUUAAUUGAAGUCACCUCCUACAUAAACACACGCACAUCUACGUUAUUUAUCCAGUAUAAAGCAUUUGCGUUCGACUUUAUUUGAGUAAACUACAAACAAUGGCAUCCAUGAUAACCUUCAGUAAUCCCAACCACUGUCUACAAGUAUUCUCGAUGUUUUCGGAAAUGAGAGAUCUAGACGAGUUUUGUGAUGUUAAAAUCGAGACGAGUAUUGAUGAGAUUUCAGCGCAUAAAAUCGUUCUCUCCGCUUGCAGUCCAUAUUUCAGAGACGUGCUUCAACAUAUUGAUACCGAGGAAGAAAACUGCGUCGUUCCAGACGAAUACAAUUCACAGAUCGUGGAGGCGAUCGUCAACUAUUUUUAUGUCGGACGUCUCGAAUUUGAUUCCAAUUUACUACCAGAUAUGCUUGCGUGUGCCCAUUUCUUUCAGACGCAAGAAAUUCUAGAAAGACUUCAGCAUCAUGUCGUUCGACAACUGACAGUUGAAAAUUGUCUGGAGUAUUUUUCCAAAACAGUUGAAUAUGGAAUGAAUGACUUACGAACGAAAAUAGUUCGCUACAUUAACUGGCAUUUUAUUGAUGUUGCAUCACAGAAAGAAUGGCUGGAGUUAUCAAGUUCAACAGUCAACACUAUAAUAUCAAGCAAUGUGUUGAACAUCGAAAGGAAGAAGAUCUUUACGAAGCCAUUUGGGCAUGGUAUAACCAUGAUAAAAAUACGUCAACCCGAUUGUGAGAAAUUAUUUAGAAAUGUGCGAUUCUUUAAUCUUCAACCAAUAUUUAUCAAAAAUCGCGCUGUUCCAGAACUUUCCAAAGGUAUCGAAGUUUGCAAAGAUGAAAUAAAGCAAGCAAUUAUUUAUCAAAGUUCAAAUAAGAAAACACGACAAUUGCUUGACACAAUGUUGAAUCAUAGAUACCCAAGCAAGAUCAUUUACAUGUUCAACAACACAGCAGGUAAAGCAGAAAAGUAUGAUCCAAUUGCAGAGGAAUGGGUAGAAGAAAUGCGGUUCAUAAAUGAACGAGAAGUGUCGACAAAUGAAGAUAAAAAAGUAGCAAUCGUUGUGAACAACGAACUUUAUCUUGUGUCUUCAUUAAAAAUGGAAAAAUUCAACAUUUUUGAUUUGUCAUGGGAGAAUGUUGGCAAAGGCGUUGAUAUAAAAGAGUCCGCGAUUUGUGCUGAUCAGGAUUCAAUUUUCAUCGUCGGUGGCAGAGAGCAGGCAACGUCAGUAAAAUCUUUCAAUACACUAUCAUUGACAUGGACUCAACUACCCGACAUGCCUGAGGGUAGAAGAUUGGCAGGUGCUGUAGCUAUAGGCGAUCGUCUUUACGUUGUCGGCGGUUUUAUUGGCAACCAACCACUUGCAACAUGUCUUCGUUUUUCUGCACGUUCAAAAAAGUGGAAAUUCAUUGUCAAAAUGAACAAAACAAGAUUUGGUCUUUCUACGUUGGUUAUUGGAAACAAAAUUUUUGCAAUCGGAGGGCGCAAUCACUCGAGCUCGUUUAAAAACAUCGAAACGUUUGAUCUCGACAACGAUAAAGAAGAAUGGAUGAUGUUCGAGCAUGAUAUGAUGAAGACAAGAAAUGAGUUUGGAGCUGUGUUUAUCAACGAUCAACUAUGGUGUAUUGGUGGACGCGGUGAAAAUACCAUGGAACGUUUUGACUUUACCAAAAAUUCUUGGGAAUUUAUUGGUAAGCUUGGAAAUGUUCGAUGUGGGAUGUCUUGUAUUGUCUACACGUUGUUUUAAAUGAUGAAUAAUGACAAAAAAAACACAAACACAUUAAGUAUGUAGUUGAUCAAUUGAGUGUUAACUACUAGCGUACAUGUUUUUUGAAUUCACGAUAACUUAAUGCUUUCGUCGACUUAAACUUAACUUUUUAAAAAUACACCAAACCACUUUUAAACACAACAGUCGGUCGAUCACCUGUCUAUGUGUACAUAAAAACACAGAUGUAUCAAUCGAUGACAACGCAUGAUCCUGUAAAUGCAUGCAAUGUUUUGUAAUAUUAAAUAGACCGUGGAAAACAUGAGGAAGAUGUGACACAUGACAUCUUCAACAAGUUUGGAACAUUGAAUGUAGAAAUACGCGAUCAAAGAAAGAUUAACUACAUUUUCAAUGUAAGUUUUGAAAGUUCUAAUCAAAAUUUGUGCAGAUGGCAAUUAAAUGGAAUUAUUGAAAUGACGUCCAAACAAAAUAUUGGCAAGAUUGCUUAUACACCUGUUCAAAUAAUUGAAUGUACAAAAAAAUUAAAACACGACCAAAUCACUCUAA